GCAUCUCUUUCUUUCCAAAGGAAUUUGACCUGGACGUGGUGGCUGUGGUCAAUGACACGGUGGGCACCAUGAUGACCUGUGCUUAUGAGGAGCCCACCUGUGAGGUUGGACUCAUCGUAGGGACGGGCAGCAAUGCCUGCUACAUGGAAGAAAUGAAAAACGUUGAGACGCUAGAAGGAAACGAGGGCCGAAUGUGUAUCAACAUGGAGUGGGGUGCCUUUGGGGACAGCGGGUGUCUGGAUGAUAUCAGAACGAUCUAUGACAAACUGGUGGAUGAAUAUUCUCUAAACGCCGGGAAGCAAAGGUAUGAGAAGAUGAUCAGCGGUAUGUACCUGGGUGAAAUCGUCCGCAACAUCUUGAUUGACUUCACCAAGAGGGGAUUCCUCUUCCGAGGGCAGAUCUCUGAGCCGCUGAAGACUCGGGGCAUCUUUCAGACCAAGUAUCUCUCUCAGAUCGAGAGCGACCGGUUAGCGCUGCUGCAGGUCCGGGCCAUUCUCCAGCAGCUUGGCCUGAAUAGCACGUGCGACGACAGCAUCCUCGUGAAGACCGUGUGUGGGGUAGUGUCCAAGAGGGCCGCACAGCUGUGUGGCGCGGGCAUGGCUGCAGUGGUGGAGAAGAUCCGCGAGAACAGGGGGCUGGACCACCUCAACGUGACUGUGGGCGUGGACGGGACUCUCUACAAGCUUCAUCCGCACUUCUCCAGAAUCAUGCACCAAACCGUGAAGGAACUGUCACCAAAGUGUAACGUGUCCUUCCUCUUAUCCGAAGACGGUAGCGGCAAGGGAGCCGCCCUCAUCACGGCAGUGGGCGUUCGGCUCCGGCAAGAAACGAGCAGCUAAGAGUCCUGGACCCCCAGCCUGCCGCCCUUCCAGCACUUCUCUCUUCAAGCAGCGACCCCCUGUUCUGCCCAGCGAGCUGUGCUGGGAGACGCCAGCGCCAGAGCCCGCCAGCACCACCGCGGGGAGGAAAACAGAAGCCAACUAAUGGCGCGUAACGUAGGGUACAAAAUAGAGUGUGUGCUGUUGGUAAUCUCCCUGACCUCCAGAUCCCUCCUCACCUGCCCUGCCACUUUGCAUGAUUUGACUUCAACCUGGUCGUACGUUCCCCACAUGUGAAGUUUAGUGGCGUCCGUUCUAACUUAUGCAUUCGUCCAACAGUUAUUUAUUGGCCCAAAAUGAAAAGUCACACCAUCUGACAGGCCUUAUGGGCCUCCGCAGCCCGUCCUUGGGGAUGUGUCCCCCGUGUGCAAUGUAUUUUCACCAGCAGACACUGCCGGGACUCCUCCUCCCACGGGUGCAUCAGCCGCCGCUUCCUCCCGGCCCCGCACCCAUUGCUGUCUGGUGUCCCGUCAGGGCGUGUCAAUGCCACUGAACUGUGUGUCCGUGGAACUGGUCAUAGCCACAUUGUGACAGUCUUGCAUUCUGUCUGUCUUGGGGAGGGGAGGUGGGCAGUCCUGCGGGAAAGUAUCUUGUCUCCGUUUGGGUAAAACGAACCAAUCAAGAAACAGUAUGCUCAUUGGAAUUUCCCAUCGCUUUUGUGAGCCAUGUUGUAUGACCUAGUAAACUUUGUACCAAUUCAAA